GCGCAAAGGAGGAAUAUUAAUUGGAGUGCUCCGGCCGCCGCCUGUAGGCGCACCAGCUGAAGUCGGCGCGGUUUUCAGGAGACAAAGUUUCGACCAGAAUCAUUGUAUCUGCUGUCGGUUAAGGAUGGCUAGCGUAUAAGCAUGUAACUAAUACCUUUGUCCCCUACAUUCAACAUCAACCCAAAAAUUUUACAUGUAGACAAUGGGCCUAAUAAAUCCUGAAAUCAGACAAUCAUUCUUAAUACAGUUUAAAACAUUUUAUCCUAAAACAUCAUUAAUCCAUAAAAUAGAGUUCAAUAUUAUCCAUGACAAUAAUCUCUAACUUUGAUACAUUUACUAAGCUAUAAGUAACUAACAUAAUCUUGUUAACAAGGGGGGAAGUGAAAGAAUGAAGGUAAAAUUAAGGGAAUGAAGUUAGGUUUUGGUUUGGGUUUGGGUGGCCACUCAAUUACAUUUCUAUAUAUUUUUUAGUUACCCUCACCAUCAUUCACAUGUUACAAUUUGAUUCCUAAAUUUUAUAUAUGUGCAGAAAUACUUUUUGUGUGGCGUGUAUGAAUCUGAGUAUGGGUAUGGAGCAGGAGAGAGGUUAAAAUUAUGUACACCCCCCUAAUACCCAUCAAAUUUUAUGAGAGUUUUACCCAUACUUGUCCCAACUAAUUAGUCAGCUAUUUGAUUGCUGCGGAAGAAUCGGGUAAUCGUAAUCGUGAGUUUGAUUGACAUCUCUAACUACAAUUAGUCAACUAUAUAUAUGAUUGUACUGCUACAAAUCAAAUCUGCAUAUUGCUACAAUUUCAAUUUCAACGAGUAACGACUACAACUCUAUUACGGACUACUACAACUCAUGAUCAGUGUGGUUCUAAGAUAUAACCGAUCCCAAACAUUUUUAAUUGCAGUGUGCGAGUGUUAAACAUUAAGUAAUUAAAUUGAAGAUCUUUUUAAUUAAAUAAAAUUAGAGAUCUGCCAGUGUUCCCACUUUCCAGCAAGCAAUGGCACUUGCACGUGUCGCAAAAAAUUAUCUGUUCUUCAAAAUGCAGAGAAUGAAGGCGAUAGAGCUAGGGGCAGACAAGUUUACCAUUUUCAGCCAUGAAUGUGCAUAUAUAUAGCCGUCGAAGGUAUUAUAUAAAUACGAGGUUCGUGUUCCAUGAGACGGUGUCAGUAAUGGCGGGGGAACCCUUCUUCCACCUCUUUUAAUUUCUUUGUUGUGUCCCUAGCUUGUCGAGUUUUUGCCCCAGAUUCAUUGCAAGACAUUCAUCAUUGUCUGCAGAGAGGUUGUUGUUGUGAUGUUUGUUCCCAUAAUUGACUAAACUACAUAUUCCAUUUCCAUCCAUAUAAAAAUGAGAGGAGAAAAAAAAAACUACCCAUUGCUGAAUGCUGAUUCCUCCCCCCUAUUGGAAGCUUCAUCGAAUUUAGAAUUGUGAAAAUUACUAGUGAGUGAAAUUUCCUGUCUUUUGUUUUAAAGUAAUACUCUAUGUUAUGGAUUUUCUUUUUACAGUAUAGGGAGAUCGAAGUUCGCUUCUUUUUACAGUAGAGAAAGAUAGAUUUUGGUUUGAUUGUUUAUAGAUUUUAUUUUUAGAAUAUGAUUGUUAUAGAUACAAUUUGAGUUUUUUUACACCAUUUUGUCGAUUCAAUACUACCUUCCAUUACGUAAGACUUUCAUAAUGAAUUUUUACAACUGUUACGUAAAAUUAACAUCUAUUACGUAAAUUUUAGGUAACAAAGUUAUUUCUUACGUAACAGUUAAAUCGUAAGCGUUACGUAAGGGUUUCGUAAUAAUUUAGCUCUUUACGUAACACGAGGUUAAUACUCGUUACGUAAAGCUUAUCAACAUUAAGAUCCAUCAGGAAAUUCGGUUUGGAGGAGCAAAAAUUGCAGAAGUGGUUUCGGGGGAUCAGUCUGGGCUAAUAUCUCGAAGGAGUAUGGUGACUUUUGGAAAGCAGGGUACGUUGACCCGGGAGAGGGGGGGUGGGCUUGGGUCUCCUUCUGGAACGACUGUUGGAUACCAAACACGAUUCUUGCCGAGUCUUUUUCGCGGGUUGCUGCCGCUACUGCCUCGCCUGAUGCUUAGAUCUCCGAUGUGGUCAUUCGUUCAGGUGAGAGAUCGGAUUGGAAUCUUAAUUUGAAAUUUCAAUUGAGAGGGGGUGCAGAGAGGGAAAGGCUGAAUUUAUUUAACUUAUUAAGCAAUAUCGAUUACCGUUGUUUGUCAUGUGGUCCAAGCCGUUUGGUUUGGCCUCAUGAAUCGGAUUCUGUGUUUUCUGUUCGAUCUAUGUACAGGUUCUUGUCGGAUGAGAGGCUCUCGGGGGUUGCUGAUUUUCCUAGUAAAUCAGUGUGGAGGAAGUUCAUCCCAUCUAAGGUGAAUGCAUUUAUGUGGGAGGUAGUUCACAAAAGAAUUUUGACGCUGGACAAGUUGCAGAGAAGAGGAGUGCUUUUAGCAAACAGAUGUAGUCUUUGCACCAAAGAUGAGGAGAACGUCGAUCACCUUUUUAUCAAAUGCGAGUUCGUGAAAGAGAUUUGGGGAGAAGCCGGGAAAAUCUUCCCUUACCUGAUCCCGCCGCAAGGAGAUAUAUUGUCCACCAUUCGUAGCUGGAGUUGUGAGAGCCCGGACAACAUUAGUGAUUGGAUCGGGUUUUGUGCACUUCAUGCGAUAUGUUGGUAGGUUUGGUUAGAAAGGAACAACCGCACCUUUAAUGACAUCAGUUGCAGUGCGAGAGUUGUGUUCAUCAAGGCACUCAAAGCUUCGGUCGAGUGGCUGGCUGCGCAUAAGUAGAUCUGCAGAGACCAAUGUCUUGGCUGGUUGAGGUCGCAACUUACUAAUCAGAUGUAGAGUGGUCGGCCCUGGACGCGGUCCUUGGGGUAGGAGUGGUUCGGCGAUGGUAGGGGUGGUUGCGGGAUGAGCAGUGUCUGUUUGCUGCUUCUUUUGCUGAGUUGUUGGGGGUUUGUGUGCUCCUGUUCGAUCUCGUUCUUUGGGUUGGGGGACCACUUUUGGGGAUGCAGGGGCCUUCUGGUGGGCUUAGCUUCCGGUUUGUUCCUUUACAUUUUUUCUUUCUCCCUUUCAUUAGCUUUGGCCGAGAGCACUUUUCGUGCAGAGGUCUUUUUUUGUUUUUGUUUUUGCUUUCUAGCUAUUUUCUGGGUUGUUCCUUCCUUCGGGGGAAGUCUGGUGUAUGUAGAACUGGUUUUGGUUUUUAUUUAAUUUUAAUCACCCUCAUAAAAUAAAUACUCAUUACGUAAAGGGACCUUCCAUUACGUAAGACUUACAUAAGGACCUUUUACCACUGCUACGUAAAAUACACAUCCAUUACAUAAAGGUUACGGAAUGAU